GUAGUAUAGUGGUAAGUAUUCCCGCCUGUCACGCGGGUGACCCGGGUUCGAUCCCCGGCAACGGCGAUUUUUGUGUUUUUGUGUUUUUUUGUUUUUCUUAACUCAGACCUUUCUGCCGUUACAAAUGGCGGGAGCCCUUUUCCUAUUUUAUCUCAAAGAAUUAUUUUUGGGAUUAAAUUAUUUGGACCUCAGACUUAUUUAGGCAAUAAUCCCUAUCAAUACUCUGGUUAACGAGUUCAGCGUUGGCACCUCAAACAUGGCCUAUCUCGAACACCAAUCCCCACUCGUUGAACAUCCUCGGCAACAUUCCUUACCGUUACGAGGAAAAGAAAUAGACCCAAAAUACUACUUAACCGUUUUUAACCGUUUUCUCUUCUUCUCUUUCUAUGACCCUUAAUACAUUAACCAUCAACGAUUGAGCUAAGGUUGAUGAUUUUUUUGGUUAUUUUGUUAUCUGGGUUUGUCGUGGUUUAACUUGAAAGGACAGGAGCUUGGGUUGGAUUGGAAAUGGCAGGUGGAGAAGGAUCUAGUACCGCAAGGGAGCUUGAUCAGACACCAACGUGGGCUGUGGCCUCUGUUUGUGCCGUCAUCAUUGUGAUUUCUAUUAUUUUGGAGAAAGUUCUUCAUAUGGUCGGAGAAUGGUUUCAAGAAAGAAAAAAGAACGCUUUGUUUGAAGCUCUUCAGAAAGUGAAAGGAGAGUUGAUGGUUCUAGGAUUCAUUUCUCUGAUUAUGACUUUUGGGCAAAACUACAUAGCUAGGAUUUGUGUUCCCAUGCAUAGUUCUGAGAUUAUGUUGCCCUGCCCUUUGACUUCUAGCGACCAUAGCUAUGAAUCAGGGCAUGAGCCAGAAGCCAAAGGUGGCGAACAUGAACACCAUCGAAAGCUUUUGUGGUUUGAACGUAGAUAUUUAGCUGCUGGUAGCGUAGGUGCUGGUUGCAAACCGGGGUAUGUGCCACUUAUAUCUCUAAAUGCGUUACAUCAGUUGCACAUCUUCAUAUUCUUUUUAGCAGUGUUUCAUGUUAUUUACAGUGCCAUAACCAUGGCACUUGGAAGAUUAAAGAUUCGAGGUUGGAAAGAGUGGGAACAAGAGACUGCUCAUCAUCAAGAAUACAUGAAUGAUCCUAUGAGAUUCAGGCUUACUCAUGAGACAUCAUUUGUGAAAGAUCACACGAGAUUCUGGACUAAAAAUCCAUUCACCUUCUAUUUUGUGUGUUUUCUUCGACAAUUCAUUAGGUCUGUUCGUAAGGCCGAUUACUUGACCAUGAGACAUGGAUUUGUAACUGUUCAUUUAGCACCUGGAAGCAAGUUUAAUUUCCAAAAGUAUAUCAAAAGAUCAUUAGAAGAUGACUUUAAGGUGGUUGUGGGAAUAACCCCUGUAUUAUGGUCUUCAUUAGUGGUCUUUCUACUUCUCAAUGUACAUGGAUGGCAGGCUAUGUUUUGGUUGUCCAUGGUGCCUCUAAUGGUGACCUUAGCAGUUGGAACAAAGCUUCAAGGAAUUAUAACACAAAUGGCACUUGAAAUCCAAGAAAGACAUGCUGUAGUUCAAGGGAUACCUCUGGUGCAAGUUUCAGAUGGACAUUUUUGGUUUAGUUGGCCUCGAUUGAUUCUCCAUCUCAUCCAUUUUGUCUUGUUUCAGAACGCAUUCGAGAUAACAUAUUUCUUUUGGAUAUGGUAUGAGUUUGGAUUGAGAUCUUGCUUUCAUGAUGAUUUUAAUCUCAUAAUCUUAAGAGUUGCCCUCGGGGUAGUGGUCCAAUUCGUGUCUGCCUAUGUGACGCUACCGUUGUAUGCACUGGUGACUCAGAUGGGAUCCACAAUGAAGAGGUCGAUAUUCGAUGAACAAACAUCAAAGGCACUAAAGCAGUGGCACAAAAAGGCAGUGAAAAAGAAGGAUGAGAAGGCGAGGUCUCCAACAAGGGUAUUGGGAGGAAGCCCUGGAGAUUCACCUCUGCAUUCUCCCAUGUACAACAACAACAACAACAACAAGCAUAAAAGAGCUGUGUCUCAGCCUGAUGAUGCUGCCAACAUCACGGCCGCUGUCGAUAUUCACCAACAUCAUCAUUCUCCUUCCAAUACCAAUACCAAUACCAGUAGUAUUAGUACUAAUAAUACUAACAAUAACACUAAUGAUAAUAAUAAUAAUGCCUUUUAUAGCCAUGCUGAUCUUCUAUAAGAUUAUAUGUUAUCUCUGUUUUUGUUGUUGUUGUUGUAAUAUCACUUUUAUACAUCUAUUUAUUCAGUUUUUUUUUUGGUUGAUAAAACUAGGGAUAGACCACAUGUUCUGUAUAUACUUGAAAUGUUGGUUAUUUAAGAGAUUCCUUUCCUUG